CCUAAAGAAUUUCUUUCUUAUUUCACCUUUGGAUGAAUAAAAUUGUAUUGUUAGUCAGUUUGGUUUAAAGCUUAGUAGUCCCAGUUCGAAUCGAGAAAGACAAAAAACAAUUGAUUUGAUUUUGAAAAAAAAAAAAAGAAAAAGUUAAAAAUUCAAUUUUAGGUCAAAUAUAGUUUGAAAUGGCAGAUAAAAAAGUUGCUGAACAAUAUUAUGCUCCACCGCCUAAAUUGGGCAAAUGGGAAGGAUUUAAAUUAUUCUUAUGGAAUAGUGAAACUAGCCAAUGUCUUGGUCGUACCGGAUCAAGUUGGGCAAAAAUUUUAUUUUUCUACAUUUUGUUUUAUGCUGCGCUAGCCGGCUUUUUUGCUGCCAUGUUAGCUGUAUUUUAUCAAACAUUGGAGAAUGAUAAGCCAAAAUGGCAACUUGAUAAUGGUUUAAUUGGGUCGAAUCCAGGUCUUGGAUUUAGACCAAUGCCACCAGAAGAAAAUAUAGAAAGUACGCUUAUCUGGUAUGAUUCUAAAAAAUUAGAUCAACACUGGCUUGAUUCAAUAAACGAGUUUGUUGACAGUAUAGACAGAUUACCAGUACAAAAUCGUGUUAACUGUUCAUUUGAUAAUCCUGCACCGGAAGGUAAAAUAUGCAGAUUAGAAUUAACUGAAUUUAAAGCAUGUAACAAAGAAGAAGAAUAUGGAUAUAGACGUGGAAGACCAUGUAUCUUUUUGAAAUUGAAUAAGAUAUACAAUUGGAUACCAGAUACAUAUAAGACAGCAGAGGAUUUACCAAAGGAUAUGCCGAAAGAUUUAUCAAGUCAUAUUGCAGAUCAAGUAGAAAUGAACAAGCCUACUAAUAUUGUCUGGGUAUCAUGUGAAGGUGAAAAUCCAGCUGAUCAGGAGAAUUUAAAAUCUGUAAUGUAUCAUCCAAGACGUGGUUUCCCUGGUUAUUUCUUUCCAUUCAAAAAUAUUGAAGGUUAUAUGCCACCAGUAGUUGCUGUUGAACUUGAUGUUGCAACCGGCGUUUUAAUAAAUAUUGAAUGCAAGGCUUGGGCUCGUAAUAUUCAUCAUGAUCGUUCAGAACGAAAAGGAUCAGUACAUUUUGAAUUAAUGGUUGAUUAAAGUAAAUAAAAUAAGUAUUAAUGAAAAAUAAUAAAAAAAAAUAAAUAUUAAAAAUUGUAUAAUUGAAUUUAAAUGAAAGAAAAAAAAAACAAAAAUUAAAUUAAAUAAAUUUAUUAAAAAAAAAAGAAAAAAAACUUAAAAAAGAAAACCCAAUUGAGGAAUCCAAUAAAAAACAAAUUAUAAUUCACGCCCUAUCCGUUAUAAAAUUAAAGAACUUAAACAUGAUAAAAAAGAAAAAAUAGAAAAGUAGUUCAUUGGAAAACAAUUUUUAUUAUGCUUAUUUCUUUAUUAUUUUAUUUAAAUUAAAACAUAAAAGCAACCAAAACAAAAAAAAAACAUUUUAAAGAACAAAAAUAAAAUCAAAAGCUAAGUUAGUUAAAAUUAUAUUAUAUAAUGUUCAAAUUUCAAUUUAAAUUAAUAAUUAUCAUAAUUAUGUAAACAUAUAUAUAUAUAUACAGAAGAAAAAAUAUAGCUGAUUAUUCACUAAAGUUUUUAUUCACUAUAAAACUCAAAUAUAAAAUUAAUGUGAACGAUAAAAGGAAAAUGAUUUAUGAUUGUUAUCAAAUAUAUUAUCUGCUAUAUUGCAAAUCAAAUAAAUACAUAUAUGCAUAUUUAUAAUUAUAUAAUAAAAUAAAUUAUAAAUAUGAGAUUUUUUCAAUAAAAACCAUUUUCGCAUAUAUAUAUUUAAUCGAUUUUCUUAUAAUACACGAGCUAUUUUAAUAAAAUAUUCAAAGGAAAAUCGCAUGGAAAAUUUUUGGGGAAUUGUAAGAACGAUUAAAUUAAAAAAUAUUGCAAAAAAAAAAAACAAACAAAAUAGAUAAUGCUGCCAAUUUUUUUACUUUAGUGAAUACUUAGCUUAAAUUUAUUAUCGCUAUUUUUUAUUUUUACAAUUUUCUGUUUUAAUUUUUUAUUUAUAGCAAAUGAUUAAUAUAUAAUAUUAAAGAUAUAUAUUUAUAUAUAUAUAUACAUACAUUUGUACAUAAUAUAUAUAUUUAUAUUUAUAAUAUAAUAUUUAAAUAAUAAAAAGGGAUCUAUAUAAAAUGAUAACAAUAUGAUAAAAAAAUCAAAUAUAUGCGAAUAGUUUUCUUUAAAUUAUUAAAGAGUGUAUAUUUGAUUAUACUAUAUAUAAAUUUAAAUUUGAUUUUUAUAUAUCUUUUACUAACAUAUAUUUUGUAUUUUAAUAUUUUACUAUUUAAAAUGUACUUAAUUUUAAAUAAUAUUUUUUUUAUUAUAUUAUUGUGCCUUGGUUGGUAUAUAUAUAUAUAUAAAUAUGUUAAAAUAUACAAAUACAUUUAUGUAUUUUAUAUAUUAAUACGAAAAAAAAAUGACCUGCCCUAUUCAAGUGUCAUAAUAUAUAAAAUAAUUUAAAAAUGAAAUAUUUAUUAAAUUACUAUUUUAAAAACAUAUAUACCUACUAUAACACAACAAUUAAAUAUUGAAAAAAAAAAAAAUUAUAAAUAUAUCUUAUGUAAUAUUAAAAUUUACUUGCUUUAAAAGUUUUGUUUUUCUUGUUUUAAAUAACAAUUUACAUAUUAUGUAUUAUAAUAGCAAUAAUGAUAUUUACAUAAAAUAUAAUGCUUUGACACCGUAAAUAACCAAAAUCGAACUCAAACACAAGAAUAAUAUAUAUUCUUUUUUUUUCUAAAUUUUAUUUUAAUUAAAAAUUGGUUAUUUCGGAGGCCUAGAUUAGAUCCACACACAUUUUAGUAUAUUAAAACAAUUAUAAAUAUAAAAAGUUCACAUAAUAUAUUAAUAAAAUUUGCAAUAUUAAAAAUGUUAUUAAACUAAAAUUUUAAAUUAUCUAAUUUAUAUAAAUAAAAAUAAUAAAUAAUAUUAUUUUUGAUCCCUUUUUUUCUCAUUUUUUCUUAUCAUUUCGUUUUUUGUUCUCUUUUUCUGACAAACCAAAGAAAAUAAUUCUUUGCAGCAUAGUUUUAGGCAGAGAUCCAUAUUUUAUGUGUUAAGUUUUAAAUAAAAAAAAAAAAAUAAACAAAUUUAAAUUUAAAUGAAUAAAAAAUAAAAAAAAAUUAUUAAAAUUCGAAUAUAAUUGAAAAAUUCAAUAAAAAUAAUGAAAGGAAAAAAAAACAAGUUGUUUUAAGAGUUACAUUAAAAAAAAAACAAGAAAAUUAAUUAAUAAAAGAAAUCAAACUUUAAUUAACUAAAAAUACAAGAAAACCAAAAAAAAAACAAACUAUAUAAAUUCAAAUUUAAAUAAAUAAAAAAAAAAUCACUAAUAGGCAAUUGUUAUUAGUUUAAGUGCUUUAUUUUUACGUCUUCAAUUCUAUUAUUAAAAAAAAUUAAAAGCAAAAAAAAAAAUGUAAUAAUAUAAUUAAUUAUUUAAUAGGUAAAUUUAAAUAAAAUUUUGAAAAGAAAAAUCAAACAACAACAACAAAAAUAAAAAAAAUUAUAUAAUUAACAUCAAGAAGAAAAUAAAAUAAAACAAAAAUUAAAAAAAAUAUUCAUAAAACAUCUUCAAUGAAUAUAUGAAAGAAAAAAAUAUUUUAAGACCCAUAUUUAAACAUAAAACAUUCAAACAAACAAGAAAAUGAAAAAAAAAAAUAAAAUUAAACUUAAUUUUAAGAGCUAUAAUUAAUAUAAAAAAAAAUAUUAAAAGUUAUUUAUACAUAUAUUGUGUAUAAAAUUUAUAUUAAUAUAAUUAUAAUGAAAAAUAUAAAUUAAAUAAAAUAAAUAAAAAAUAAAGAAAACCGUUCAACUUAUUAUAUAUAAAUGCAUUUCUAUAUCUAUAUAAAUAAUUAUAUACAAUAUUAUUAUAUUUAUUAUAAAUAAUAUAAAUAUUAUAUACAUAUAUACAUAUAUAUAUAUAAAUAUACCCCUGAAAUUUUAAAUUAAACUAAAUAAUAAAUAAAUGUAUAGUUUUGUUCAAUUCUCUAUUCUUAGUAUGUUGCAAUAAUUUAUUUCAUUUAUUACAAAAAAAAAAAAAAAACAUAAAAAAAUAUUUAAAAAAAAAUAUAUAUCUAGAAAGUAAAUUAAAAAAAAAAAAAACUAAAAACAACAAAAAAAAAAACAAAAAUAUUACGAGCAUAAUGAAAAAUACUUGAACGCCUAAAAGUAUACAACAAAAAAAAAUUGUAUGAAAAUUUAACAACAUCAAAUUUUAAUAUUGAAAAAAAAAUAUAUAUAUAUAAAAAGUAUAUAAAUAAAAAAAUAA